CUCUCGCCUCGUCCGAAGGUCGAAAGACUCAAGCGUCCGUAACGCACGCACUGCGAGUCCUUGCUCGACUUGCCGCAGCUUGACGAAGGAGCUUGGCUUGCGCUACAAGCGAUGACUUCGUCCGUGCUAGACGGCGCUGGCUGCGAGUCGCCGGCGCCGCCCGCGUUUUCUCCGCUCACGGACCCUGCACCGGACUUUACACCGAAAGCCAAUCGCGCUGAGCCUCCAGUGCCUGUCAAUGACAACAUGACUCUUGACGAUGCAUCCGCUGCUGCUGCCAAUCCAGCGCCUUCCGCUAAUGCUGCCGAAACCCGCAAACCUAACGGAAACUCACAGACCGUUCCUUCCCCACCACAAGACACCCCAACCAAGACAGAACAGCCCGAGAGUCAGCAGAGUCAGCAGAGUCAACAGAGUCAACAGACUGCGAAUCCCCUGGGUGACGCUAUGGACCUUGACACGACUAUGGGCGCCGCGAUGGACUUUUCCGCGGCCCCUGGCUUCGACCUCUACUCGCAGCAUCCCUCCCAGCUCCUCAUGGCCCUUGCUCGCCUGUCCGCGGCGGCUCAGCCUCAGAACCUGAUGCCGCUGCCUUCGUCGACAGUGCGCCCUUCCCAGGUUUCACUGUCCCAUGGCAUGCUCGACACCUCCGACGCUCUCCUACCAGCCGGACCCAACGGCGCCAACAGCACCCCUCCCGUCGACGCUCCGCUCGAGUCCUUCGCCAGGAUUGAAUUUGCCGACAGCGUCUUCCAGAUGACCACAUAUGCCGUCAUCAUUGGACGUGACCAGCGGGCGUUGGAUCAGGCCAGAAGGGACGAGCGACGGCUCGAGGAGUACCAGCGGAAAGUGCGGGAGAAUGAGCAAUUGGGCCUACCCGCCCCAUCGCCCCCGACCCAAGAUCGCGGCAAGUUCAGCAAGUCGUACGUCAGCGAGGAGGGCGGCAUGCUCGGCCCCGAGUCGGAUGGCGAUGAGAAUCCCCGUCCGACCAAGAGGAGGAAGACUAGCGGCGGCGCAGGGUCUGCUUCCGGGGAUUCCCACCAACUAGAGGUCGCAGCGGGCGACCAGGUCGGCCAAGAGGACAAGAACCCGACCCUCAACCGGCAGUACGUCUCGCAUACCCCAGGAGCGGCCGCUGUUAAUCUCAGCGCUCUCCGACCCUCUCCGUACUACGUCCCCUUCAUCGGCAUCCACUCUCCCGGACCGAAUAUCGCCAGCAGAACAAAGGCUAUCUCCAGAGAACAUCUUAAGAUCCAGUUCAACCAGAAGGAGGGCGUCUUCGAAGCGAUCCCGCUGCACAAAAACGGCUUCUUUUGCGAGGAUGUCCACUACAAAGACAGCAAGGUGGUGCUGCGGAGCGGCGAUCGCCUGCAAAUCAAGGACGUUGAUUUUGUCUUCAUCAUCAACGGCGUCCCGCGCGGCAAGACCGGCGCCGAAGAGGGCAUCGAUGGAGAUGGCGUGUCCAACAGACGGUACUCAGAAGGAGGCAAGGAGAUGAGCUUUGACUUUGAGAGCGCGCACAAUCCCGAGAGACGGAGUACGAGCCCUGAAGACCACGCAGUCGAAGCUGCAAAGGAGGACAGCGACAGUGAACUCUCGGAGCCAGCUGAGGAUAUCGCCGAGCCUGAGCCGGAAGAGACGCCGGAACAGGAGGUCAUGGAGACGAUCGAAAAGGAUGCUGAAGCGCCCCGGCAGCCACCGAUCAAAACAGAGAUACCGCCCGAGCUGUUUGACUUGAUCGGAGGCAUACCACAGAGGAAGCGUGGCCCAGGCCGUCCGCCAAAGAAUGGAAUCAUGUCCAAGAGGGAGGAGAGGCUGCUCAGGAAAGCUGCAAUGGAGCGCCAAAAGAAGGACAUGCCACAGCCACCGCCCGGCGAGCCGCCCGUCAAGAGGAAGGUUGGUCGACCACGCAAACACCCGCUCCCCGAAGACGGGGCAGACAGGCCUGAGAAGCGCAAGUACAAGCCGCGGAAGCCAAAGGAUGGCGCAGAGGGCGAAGGCUCAGAUGGCGAAAGGGCGAUCAAAGAGAGGCGGCGCGAGAAACCAAAGACACCACCGCUGGAGCUAAACAGGGAAGAUUACACGGAGGAACAGCUGCAGAAGCCGCUCAAGAACUAUGGGAUGCUGAUUGACGAGGUCUUGUCUGCUGCGCCUGACGGUUUAACCUUAAAGCAGAUUUACAAGCGGAUCCAGAUGAAGUAUCCGUUCUUUUAUUUCACCGUCGACACUAAGGGCUGGGAGAGUAGCGUUCGACAUAACCUCAUCGGCAACGACGCGUUCAAGAAGAACGAGGAGACACAUCUGUGGAGCCGUGUCCCCGGUAUCGACAUCGACGCCGGGAAGAAGCGCAAGGCCGCGUCGCCAGAUCGCUCCCCGUCUCUGCACACCUUUGGCCAGCCUUAUUCUGCGUCCUCCGGUUCGAACACGCGCGUGUUUCAAGCAGAAGGGUCGCAGCCAGGCUACCGUCCCGCUUCUGGGCCCCAGCGUCCCGCAUAUCCGCCUGGCCAAGGUGCGCCUGGGCAGCAUCCACAAGCGCAUCCCGGCGCUCAACCCGUCGCUGCCUCCACCCCCCAGCCUCCUCGCCAAACCGGGGCCGCGCCGACGGCGGGAUAUGCGGACCCGACCGCAGCACGUACGCCGCAGGGAAUCCCGCAGAUCACGGCGUACUCCUCCCCUUACGCGUCGAGACCUCCUCCGGUCGCUGGCAUGCAGCCUGGUGGUCCUCCUCGGGGUCCGGCGGGGCAAGGUGCCCCGCCCAACAACAUGGCGAGCCCGGUGCAUGGCGUACCCGCUGUCUCAGGCCCAUCCGCGCCGGCGGCGACGCCGGGAUCUGUCGGAGCGCGUCCGGCGCAGCCCGCUGUCAACGGCAACGCGCUCGCCCUGAAGCCAGCCGUCGCGCCGGAACUGGCCAAGCACGUAGUCAACUUCAAGACGACGGUCACGAAGGAGUUGUCAAAGCGAACGCCGGCCGCCGAAGCCAUUGCCAUGUCGGUCAUCAACCGCGGUCUCGGGCUGGCAACGGAAAGCACGGUGCCGGAGCAAGAGACGCUCGAGAAGGUCGUGUUCAACGUGUUCAAGCAAAGCCGGGAGAAGUUGGGGGCUAAUGACUCCCUGCACCCGGGCCUGUUGGAGGCUCUCGUGAAGUUCAAGAAUAGUAUGAUUGAAACGCUAGAGCCGAGAAUGGGCAGGCUGAAUGCGGAGCGCUUGAUCUUGUCGGCUGUGGACCGCGAGUUGGGUUUCGCGGACACGAGCACGAUCCCGGGCUCCGAGUCGGAUAGGAAGCAGUAUGAAGAGGCGGAAACCGUGUUGAUGAAGGCUAUCAAGGGGGUCAUCGUUAGCCAUCAAAAAGCGCAGGCUGGCGCGCCGUCUAUCUCGGCGCCUCAGCCCGCUCCUCGAUCGGGUUCUGCAGCGCCUGCUCAGGCGGUUCCGGGCUCUGUGCCUAUGUCUGCUAGGGGGCAUGCGACUGUUCCUAGUCCUGCUGUGGCGGCCACACCUUCCGCAGUGGUGUCUUCGAUUCCAGGGACCGUCCCGGCACAGCAAGCUCCUGCUUCUACUUCCCCUGCCACGCCCGCUCCGACGACCAAGCCGGUUGCAACGACUGCGCCGAUGCAGCAGGUUAACCGUCCAGCUACGACUCCCACGCAGCUCGCUUCACAACCUUCAGCUGCCCCAGCAUCCCAACCCCAACCCCAGGCUCCUGUUUUGGGCACGCCUGCGGCUGGAAGUCAACCGCUUCCUGGUCUUGCGCCUCAGGGUCAUUCAGCUCCCACGGUUGCCGCUUCCGUGCCAGUUGUGCCAAAAGCGCGGGGUCCGGUCUCUAGUCUGGCCAAACCUCAUUCUCAGAGUCAAGAAGUCGCACCCACCAAGCCGCAGGCACCGAGUCAAGGUUUCGCUCCGGCGUCAUCCCAAGGGCCCAGCCAGCCACCUAAUGUGGCAUCUCCUUUGACCAAGACACUCGAUCAGACUGCUGCUCCUAUCUCAGUUCCGAGCACCGUUGCAACCCCGGCGUCGUCCCAGGGGCCCGGCCAGCCACCUGAGAUCGCCUCUGUUCCGGCUGAGGGUCCCAAACAUGCCUCUGCCUCCGUCCCGGCUCCGGGCACUGCAGCCCCUGGCGCAACCGCGCCACAACCACAGAGCGCUCCGCCGUCCUCCGUAUCACCUCGGGUACCUGCUCAGAGUGCGGCCCAGGAUGGUCCUGUCAAGCCUCCCGCGCCGACCGCUUCUACUUUCCAAGAGACAGCUUCAUUCGCUACAUCUCCUCCCUCUCAGGCGCCAGUCCAGACACCAGCUCGGAGUACUGUUCCGGCGGCGGCGCCGAUUUCGAAACUCGCUCCAUUGCAGACACAAGCUGAUACAAACACUGUAUCCCCUACGUCCCAACCGGCCGGCCAGAUCCUAUCUCAGCCUGCUGUUGCUUCAGCUGUAGCUUCUACUCAGACUGCGUCCCAGGCACAGAAACCCAACAUUGCUUCCGUCGCGUCUGAGGGGUCAGGUCCUGUCGCACCGGUGGCCGACAUGACAACCACUGUCAUCACUACUACUACAGCUAGUACUGCUGCUACUACUACUGUGGCGCCGGCUACCGCUGCUUCUGGCGCGAACCCGGCCCCAGCCCCGUCUCCGGCGAAGGCGGCCACACUUGCUCAGUAA